AUGGCCCAGGAGCUUGAUGAAAGAGGACUGACUUUGCUGCGAAAGGAUUUGGCAAAGGGAGUUCAAACAGUGAUGCAAUCAAAAAAACCGGGUGCUAUCAGUGCGCGGAAACCUCAGGGCCGACCAAUAGCUCGACAAGCCGCUCCGUCAACAGCUCGGCGUCCUCAGCCAAUGGUAAAGUCAGAUCAUGGUCAACUGAAGAUUCUCGAUAACCUCAAGGAGAGACAUUAUCGAUAUAUGCAUGAGAGGAUUGCAGAACGGUCGACAGUUCUGGACGAUCGCAUCGAUGAAUUUGCGGAAUUGGUCCGAACUCACUAUAAACUGGAAGACAUAGGGGACCCUGCGUCCACGAGUGAUGAAGACGUGAUAGUCGUAGGCAGGAUCUGCUGCGACGGCGACACGAAGCUGAAUGAGGCUUCCGUCGAACUGGAAACAUCCCGCCUGAUGGGAGCAGGGGCGAGAGUUGCUCUCAAAUUCGAUCCAAACGUCUCUUCAAAUGGUGACUCUUCGAUGCUCCCACUGUAUCCCGGAGCUAUCGUAGCACUCAAAGGACGGAACGAAACUGGGUCAUGGUUCCAGGUGUCGCAGAUAUUAAUGCUGCCUCUUUUGCCAUUAGAUAUUGACUCGAAUAGGCAGGAGCACCCAAUAUCCAUGGCCAUAGCUGCGGGACCCUUUUCGGGAGACGAUCUGCAGUAUACCCACUUUGAUACUUUCCUGCAAACUAUUAAUGGCUCUGCCCCUAACUGGAUUCUCUUGAUUGGACCAUUCGUGGACGUUAACAACCCGAGGAUACGUGAAGGGGAUGUCGAUCUCGCUCCAAAUGACUUGUUUCGUCAACGGAUAUUGUCACCCCUACGGACUUUUCUUGAUGCACAUCCUGGCACCACCGCGUUGAUCGUGUCAAGCGUUCGCGACUUGAUAUCACAUCAUGCAGUUUAUCCACAGCCUCCUCUUCAGCUUCCUCAAUCUUCACGCAUCGUUGUCCUCCCAAAUCCCUGUACCUUCACGAUCGACCACGUCCGUUUCUCCGUCACAUCUGUCGACGUAUUAUUUCAUCUUCAGCGCCAACUCCUAAGGAAGAAAGUUAUACCAACAGGAACACCUCCACCCAUCGACCAAAUGAGCAUCCUAGGCUCUUGCGUACUGGAGCAACGAAGCUUUUAUCCCUUAUUUCCAGCAGAACCAGAGCUUCAUGCAGACGUAAAUUUGGAUGUGUCACAUAGCGAGUUGCUCAAGCUGGAGGACGUCGCCCCAGACGUUCUCAUUCUCCCUAGCAAUCUAGGAAAGUUCCAUAAAGUCGUUCAUGGAACCACAGUCAUCAAUCCUGCCUUCGCUAGCAAAGGUGUGCACGCCACGCUUAAUAUUUCCAGCGCUCGUUCGAGCAGCGGAGGCGUCAGUGACAGAUCCACCGUAAAUCUACAUUCGAGUGUGUCAAUGACGGCCGCACUCGAUCUUUCGUAG